UGUAAAAGGAAGGAUAAUUAUGGAGACCAUUGAAGGGAUGUGCUACCUCCAUGGAGAAGGCGUAAUACACAAGGACCUAAAGCCUGAAAACAUCCUUGUCGAUGAUGACUUUCACAUUAAGGUUCAGGCUACCAACUCAAAACAAGUAGCACAGCAGUCUGUAUCCUCAGGACUUUGGAGUUCUUAGAAUCUCGCAUCCAUGGGCUUCGGGACACCAUUUGGGAAAAUUGAAGAUAGCUGAUCUUGGCGUUGCUUCCUUUAAGACGUGGAGUAAACUGACUAAAGAGGAAAUUAAUGAGCAGAGGAAAUUGAAUAGUGUCUCUAAGAAAAAUGGUGGAACCCUCUGCUAUAUGGCCCCAGAGCAUCUGAAUGACAUCAACGCCAAGCCCUCGGAGAAGUCAGAUGUGUACAGCUUUGGCAUAGUACUUUGGGCGAUAUUUGCUAAUAAGGAGCCAUAUGAAAAUGCUAUCUGUGAACAGCAGCUGAUACUGUGCAUUAAAUCUGGGAACAGGCCAGAUGUGGAGGACAUCAUUGAGUACUGCCCAGAGGAGAUUAUCAGCAUCAUGAAGCAAUGCUGGGAGGCAAAACCCGAAAUUCGGCCAACAUUUGCUGGCAUUGAAGAAAAAUUUAGGCCUUUUUAUGAAGAUCAAUUAGAAGAAAAUGUAGAAGAAGAUGUGACAAGUUUAAAAAAAGAGUAUCCAGACCCAGCCCAAAAUUCAGUUGUGAAGAGAAUGCAGUCUCUCCAGAUUGACUGUGUAGCAACACCUCCAAGCAGGUCAAAUUCAGCCCCAGAACAGCCCAGUUCGCUGCACAGUUCCCAGGGACUGGGGAUAGGUCCCGUGGAAGAGUCCUGGUUUGCUCCCUCCCUGGAGAACCAGCAGGAUGAGAACCAGCUCAGCUUGCAGAGUAAACUCCAGGAGGAAGCCAACUACCAUCUUUAUGGCAGCCGCAUGGACAGGCAGACGAAACCACUCAGACAGAGUGUGGCUUAUAAUAGAGAGGAGGAAAGGAGACGAAGGGUCUCCCAUGACCCUUUUGCACAGCAGAGACCUUAUGAAAACAUUCAGAACCCAGGAGUAAAAGGCCUUCCUUAUUCUAUUGCAACCAGUCCUGGUAAUGCAGUACACCAGCCAAAGGGGCUAACCAGCCAACCCCCAGUAAGGUACUGGAACAAUGAAUUGUACAGUCCAUUCAAUUUUAGAACAAGACCACUGGCUCUGGGAACAACAGGUUCAAGAGUCUGGUAUCAGCCAAAUCCAAGCCAUAUCCCAAGCGUGAAUAAAACUCCAGUGCCGGAGACCAACCUACUGGGGAACACGCCCACCAUUCCAUUCAGCUCCUUCCCAUCAAGAGAUGAGUCUGUAAAAUGUACCAUAUACAACAGUUCUGGCAUUCAGGUUGGAGAGCAUAAUUAUAUGGAGGUUGGUGGAAUGAGUUCAGCCCUGCUCGACAUGAACGUGAAAGAAGAGCCAGCUUAUAAGUACCAAGAUAUCUUUGAUAAUGUCACUAGUCUGACUGAUAAACAUCUGGACCCAGUCAGGGAAAAUCUGGGAAAGCAAUGGAAAAACUGUGCCCGCAAACUGGGCUUCACUGAACCUCAGAUUGAUGAAAUUGACCACGACUAUGAGCGAGAUGGACUCAAAGAAAAGGUUUACCAGAUGCUCCAAAAGUGGCUGAUGAGGGAAGGCAAUAAAGGGGCCACGGUUGGAAAGCUGGCCUAUGCGCUCUACCAGUGCUCAAGAAUAGACCUUUUGAACUAUUUGAUACACAUCAGCCAGAACUAACUCGAGAAGGGGCUUGGGCAGCAUGGGGUAUUCUCCUCGCGUAGUGAGUAAGUCACCCACUGAAAGCGCGCUGCCUCUGAUCCUUCAGAAUUCUUCCCUCACUAAUACAGGUUCUGGGUCUGCAUAAAAAUCUCCUGCAUUCCGUAGGUGGAGAAUGGGAAAGAAGCCUACAGCAAACCGCCUACUAACCAGGAAGACCUAUUAAUGUCUGAGGCCAAGUCCAAAAAGAAGCCUAACUGGGUUUUGAAGGGGAGAGAGAUAUUUGAGGAAGAUCAUUUUCUUUCAGUUCGUUCCUCAGCGUUCACUGAUGCCAUUCAUUUAACUUACUGGAGUUUUGCUAGAGUAAGAAAAAAAUUCAGAGGACAUAAACUAAGUCAACUUUCUUAUUUUACGCUCUCUUCACGAGUACAGUGAAAUUUUAAGUUCUCUUCAAAUAGGGUUUUUUUUUUUUGUUUUUUGUUUUGUAUUCUAACCAUGGUUUGCUCUGAAACUAUAAUGUCUGUUAACUUCAGUAUCAAAUGUUGUGUCAGUCACUACAGGCUUCAAAAAUUACAUGCAGUCUCCACUCCAAAAAAAUUAACUAACUGGAGGAAUUUUAAGGAAUACUAAGAUGGAAAAAAAAAAUAGAGAACAAAAAUACUAGAAUUUUCCAGGCGGUUGUUACAAGGAAUUGUUACUAACUGUGGUGAUGACAGAAAUUCUUGAUGAAGUUUUUAAGUUUUUUCCUAGCAUUCUGAUACUUUAUGUACUUUCCCAACCUCUGUGCCCUGCAGAGGGAGCAUGGAUGCAGGGAAUUUUGAUCUCUUCACACCUGGCUGUGACUGGAGCCUCAGGACUGGUCACUACUGAGCAGCUUCCUCAGGUUACCCCAGGAUACUGUAGAAGUAUUUUCGUUUUUUUUCUGUGAGCUAUAACGUAAAAAAAAAAAAAAAAAAAAAAAAGAACGCUUCAAAGGUUGAUAAUUGUGCUUCUAACACUCGACCUCUCAAAGCCCACCUGAAACUUGAAUGUGUGAAAGGAACCUGAAGACUAGAAGACUGAGGCGGGCAGGCCAUCCAGUUAUCACUGCCUGCGCUCGGCUAACCCGAGAGCGUGUCAUUGUGCUCAGCCUGUCCAGGAGGGAGGGAGUGCAGGAUGCAGUCUGGUGACUCUGGAUAUCAGAACAGAUUCUAGGGUCUGGUGGGCUGAGAACAAUAUUGCGGUUCCGAUUCUAAAAUCCCCUAGCCACAGCUGAUAUACACACACACCUGAAGUGUUGGGACUGGAAAACAAUUUCUCAACUUCUGUACCUACUGGCAUCUUGGGCCAGGUUAUUCUUUAUUGUGGGGGCUGUCCCGUGCAGGGUAAGAUCUGGCCAUGUGAAAGCAUCCUCUAACUACUAGAUGCCAAUGGUGGCAUCCCCUUCUUCCCUCUUCCUGCUCCCCAGCUGUGACAAGCCGAAAUGUUUGGAGACAUUGCCAGAUGUUCCCUGGAAGGACAGAGCUGCCCCAGUCGAGAAGAGCACUGCUACGAAGGAAUGAACCCCAGUCUCUUAUCCACACACAUAUCCAGGUCCACUUAGUUUCCAUAUAACAUAGCAUUAGACUACACAGACCAGAAGAAAAGUUGGAUGGGGAAAGAGUCCCAGGCUUUGCUAGAGAGGAAUGGAUGGAUGAUUGCUUUUCUAAACGUACCCCUUGUACCUCUUUCCUAACAGUGUUUAAAUUUUCUAAUUCCAAAGAAAUUGAUCAAUGUUAAAGCCAAAAAUGAAAGGUAUUUUUAAUGGACUUUUCAAAAUAAAACUUUGUACCUCAAAUAUAA